AUGCCUAAAAAUAAGUCAAAAAGAGAUACUUCCGACUCAGAUUCCGGACCAGACGACGAUGUUCCAGUUAAGAAGACCAAAAAGACUGAGUCAAAACCGUCGAAGUCAUCAAGCGAAGAAGAGAAUUCCUGGGCUCUGGGUAAAAAUAAAUUUGUUAAAUUGAGUGAGUUCAAAAAUACCUGGUAUGUUAAUAUCAGAGAGUACUACAAUGCCGACGGCGAACUUAAACCCGGCAAAAAGGGAAUUAUGCUCACCAUGGAACAGUGGCAGAAAUUCAAGGGUUUUGUUGACGAAGUAGAUGAAGCUAUUAAGAGAAAUGUUUAG